GGUCUUGGUCGUUUCUUCAAAGAAGUUGCGCAAAGUGCACGAGCUGAUUCGGAAGAUACCACAGAUGACUUUUUGGGAUGCAUUAGUAUGAAUCUGAGUGACAUCCCUCCGGAUGGCAUUGAGCAAUGGUUUACAUUACAGCCACGUUCUGAAAAAAGCAAAGUCUCCGGCAGCGUGAAAUUAAAGCUUUGGCUUUCCACACGCGAAGAACGUAUUGGAGCUGAAGAAGAUGAUCUACUGGAUGUUAAAGAACAUAUCGAACUUAUGAGACAGUUUGCUCUCUACGAGAUUCGUCUCAGUGGGUCUCCUGUACGGUUGUGGGAUGGCGUAUUUCAAGACAAAGCUAACACUAUCCUUCGACAACAUGCUCUUCAAGGUGAUCUCACGGAAGUGCAUACGGCAAUGUGGUAUGUGCCGAGCAGAUUUUUUUGUUGA